UUACAAGGGAAGAGGGACGAGGUGGACAUGAUUGACAGGUAGAGAUAAGAGUAGGACAUGAAAAGGACCAAUAAAUUCAGUUUUUUCAUUCGUUCUUUGGCUUUUUAAAGUCAUUGAUCACGAGCUUUCUGCUAACUUUGUCAUUCUCGUACAUAUUAUAUGUAUAUGGUCUGUCGACGCUCAGCCUCGUUUUGGAGGGUGUUGAUAGGAAGGGAAAUGGCCAGAAUCUUUAUCACUUCACUCCUCACUCCUCACUCCUCACUCACUCACUCACUCACUCUCUCACUAUCGAUUAGCCUCAAUUGCAGGGAAGCAGGGUUAAUUUAUUUUCAUGAACAUCAACCAUCACCCAAUGAGAAUGAAUCAAUGAUAUCACAUUUCAAGAUAUACAUCAAGUCAUUCACCAUCCAUUCACAUUAAUCCUCAGACUACCUAGGUAACAUUGGAAUAUUACCUUAUUAAUCACACUAGCUAUCCGUCAAGUCACCACGACGACAAGCUUCCAAAGGCAAAUAAAGCAAAACUUCUCCUCUUCUCAGGUCGGUGAUGGAUGCACCAUGGGAAUGCUUGAGCGAUUGAACGAUUGAACGAUUGAACGCUUGAACGCUUGAACGCUUAAACUGCCACUCAUUACAUUUCACCACCCAAUUUACUCUUUCGUACACUUAUUGUUACCCAGAAGUAUUACAUGCAUGACCGUCACACCGAUGGAGACACUACUAGCUACCUGCUACCUAAUGACUACCUACCUACAUACCUACCGGCAGACUACUUAAUGAAAAGGAUUCACUUCCCCAGCGUGGCUCAUUUUCGAUCUGAAGUAAGAGGAAUUCCCGGCGUGAGAAAGUACGUGUAUACCGAAUUUAUUACAUCCAUUGCAAUCAAUACAUCCCUCACUACAUCCAUCCAUUCCACUCCCAAUUCUAUAUUCUAUAUUCUAUUUACUUACACGUUCCCUUCAUACCCCCUUCACCACUUUGCUAUUGCCUUCGAUUGAGAAUUCAUCAUUUGACUUGACCUUCAACCUUCCUAUCACCAAUUCACGGAUAUCAAGGCGACCUGCAUCAGCUGAAACAAAGCAAUAAUCCACGAGCUCAGGUCAUUUAUUGGAUUCCAACAUUCGAUAGUCCAUCGGCAGAAAUACAACCUGCCACUUCACAAUCUCAUAUUAGGCAGUCAGCCGCACAACCACAUUAUUCCAAAUUACAUAAUAAUUCAACCCUGACAAAAUUCAUUCCUUCACAACGGCUACCUUAUUGAAGGCAGGAAAGAAUAAGUGUUAGCCAAACAAGAUGGAUACUCCAGGUUCAAGCAAAGGUAGUGAUCAAGCAACGGAGAGGGAGGAGCCUGCAACAGUGGUUGUUGGAGAAGGGUCAUCAACUACACAAAUUGAAGCUAAACCGCGACAAACUACGGAUAAGCACGGUAACCUUAAAGCCAAGACAUCUAAGAAAGAUAAGGCAGAUAAGAAUUGCAAAACCAAGGGAAAGCAAAAGAAAGAAGUGGUAGAGACCGAGUCGGAGAGCGAAGACGAUGAAUCUUCUGAUUUAGAUUCCUCUUCAUCUUCUUCCAGUGAUUCGGAUUCAGAAACCGAGUCUGAAAAGGAAAAGAAGAAGAGAAAGGCAAAAUCUAAGGCUAAACAAAAGUUAAAGGCAAAGCGGAAGGCUAAAGCGAAGAAGAGAGCCAAGAAAGAUGAUACUUCUGACUCCGAUUCAACUUCCGAUUCGGAUUCUGAGGAAGAAGAUGAAGAAGCCGAAAAUGAUUCUGGUGAUGCCGAUGCCGAUGAUGAUGCCGAUGAAGUCGCCGAGGUCACUAAUGCUCAAAUUCUAGCCCAAGUGAUGCAGCUUCAAGCGAUGCAAAUCCAAGCAAGCCAAAGAACCCAGAUAUCUCACCCUGGUACACAAUUACCACCUGCCACAAUAUGGAAUUUACCACCUCCACCUCCACCAGCGAAUCCUCUUCACCCUGAUGCAAGACGCCAAGCUUUACGUAGAAAGCUUUUGAUGGAUGGGAGGAAGGAAGUCACAAAGAGUAAGAAGGACAAGGGCAAGAAAAAGAGGGGAAGUAAGCUGGAAUUCAAGAGAGUGGAUCAACUAUGGGAUAGCACAAUCCAUAAUUACAAGCUCACCGACACGGCCGAGGAUGAAGAGAGUUCGGAAUAUGAUCAAUAUCUUUUUAAUGUUCGCAGAACAUUUGAUUGGGAGGGAAAAUAUAAGGCUACGGUCGUUGAUAUCAAAAGUAAACUUUUGAAAGAAGCCUUGACCGAAGCUAUGGAUGGUGUUAAAGGUGUUAGUUUUGUCGAGGAAACCCCAUGCAUUGAUCCUAAUCUUCUCUUCCUAUAUCUUGAGGACCUUCGACAAUCUUGCAAAAAAUUGAAAAACAAGAAGGUUACUGAAAAGAAAGGUAGAAAGAAGAUUAAGAAGAGAAAUGAGACCAAGAGAAAACAUCUCAAAGUUCUUUUGAAAUAUCUCGACAAGGAUUAUGCUUCUACUAAAAAAGCUCUUUAUCCUAUGUUGGAGAAUGGAAUUAUUACUUUCGAUUUACUCUGGGCCUUGUAUAAACCAAAUACUUUGGCUUAUACCACAACUUAUGGAACAGCAGAUGAGCCAAGAGCUUUCAAAAUCGAGUUGGCCGAAAAGAUUGUCAGUUUCAUGAAGGGAAGUUGGUAUAAUAUUGAGGGUAAAUAUUUGGAGUAUGAUGGAAAGACGUGGGGAAUGGGUACCAUGGAUUGUGAUGUUCCGGCUUUUAAGGGUGCAAGAAAAAUCACGAGUCUUAAUUGUUAUCCUUUGAAAUAUCACAAAAAUGAAGCCAAACUUCGUACCGAGCUUGUUGAGAGAGGUAAGAAGUUUGUGGCUCUACAAGGUGUUCAUUAUAAGAGUCACAAAGGAAUGGCAUAUUAUAAGAAGCGUAAGUCCAUUAUCAAAGUAAAUAUUGAUGGCAGAGUUAUGGUCGAUCCCGCUAUCCAUCGUCGUAUUUUACCAAAUUACAACGUCAGUACCGUCAAGCCUAAUGAUCCGGAUCUUUUCGGCGAUUCAGGUAGUGAGGAUGACGACUGUGGCUGCUGUGAUGAUGAAAGCUCUGAUGAUGAUCAAGGAGAUCAUUCUCUAGAGAAGAGAGAUGAUAGUGAUGAACCGAAAACGAAGUUUAAGGUUGUUCUUGAUGAAAAGGAGAGACCUCGUUUAGUUCAGGUUCCUGUCGAUGAAGACGGUAAUGAAGUCAUUGUUGAAAAACUGGAAGAAGUUCCAAGUACAGUUGUCGACAAGGAUGACAAGGACAACAAGGAUAACAAGGAUGAAAAAGGACAGGUAGAAGAAGACAAGAAAGCUCCUCCCGUCUUUACAGAAGAGGAGUACUUAAUUGCUUCUCCUGUUGUUCUCGGAUUUGCAUUUGCCGAAAAACUUUGGCUCGAAUUCACAGUUUCAGGAAUCAAAGAUAUUGUUUGGAACGAAGGAGCUUAUGAUUCCCUUGUCUUGGAAGACAACACCAAAGCCAUCGUCAAAGCUUUAGUCGAAUCCCACAAAUACCACCCAGCCGAAAGUAUCGACGAUGUUAUUCAAGGUAAAGGUAAAGGACUUGUUGCCGUUCUUCAUGGCCCACCUGGUACAGGUAAAACUCUCACCGCAGAAGGCAUCUCGGAACUCCUCAAAUGUCCUCUCUAUAUGGUUUCAGCUGGAGAACUCGGUACCGAUCCACGUACUCUGGAAGCAGAACUUCAGAAGAUUCUUGAUAUUGCUCAUGCAUGGGGUGCAGUUCUUCUUCUUGAUGAAGCUGAUGUCUUCUUGGAAAAGAGAACUAUUCAAGAUAUUCACCGUAAUGCUUUAGUUUCUAUCUUCUUGAGACUUUUGGAAUAUUUUCAAGGUAUUCUUUUCUUGACGACAAAUCGUGUUGAAACUUUCGAUGAUGCGUUUCAAUCGAGAAUCCACAUCGCAUUAAGAUAUGGUGAUUUGAGCCCGAAAGCAAAGAAGAGUGUUUUCAAGAUGUUUAUUGAGAGAGUUAGGGUUCUGGAAGGUAUUGAUACAAUGCCUUUUACAGAGGAAGAUUAUAAUGCGUUGGCGAGGAAUAAUUUGAAUGGACGACAGAUCAAAAAUACAGUCCGUACAGCCCAAGCUCUCGCUGUCAAUAAUAAAGAACCUCUUUCCAUGGUACAUAUCAAACGUGUACUGGAUGUCUCGAAUGCUUUUGAUAGGGACUUGAAAGGAGGAACAGGAUUUGAGGAUGCUAUGAGAGGAUACUUUUGAAUCUUUUCUAUUUCUAUUGCUGGCGAUGGUUAGGAGGAGUGGUGGUUGGGGAAAGGCAAUGGGAUUUCUUUGGGAAUAAACAAAAGGAAAUUUUCAAUGAUCUGUCUUUCAUUUCUCUUACUUUAAUUAUGUGGUGAGAGGUUGGCGGGGGAAUGUUGGGGGUAGGAGGGAGUAAGCUGGUAAUCUUGGGUAUUGACAAUGUUCCUUACUCUGGUGUGCUUUUUAUAAAUUGAUUUCAUUUAACUUUUGGAGGCGAUCUCUGGUUGUGCCAACAAUUGAGGUGUGUGGAUGGAGAAACAAGGGGGAUGAGAUGGGAAAAUGAUACAUGUGGAAGCUUUCACAUGGUAACAACCACUUUGUAUUUCUUGAUUCAAUAGGGAUGAGGAUAUUGGAUAGGAGAGUUUAGGAGGGUGGGAUAUGAAGGGAUGGGAUGAAGUGUGUCAUGAGCGGAGAAUUUUUGCACACAUACCUACUUAUUUACAUAGCAUGCCUAGCAUAGCACAGCACAGCAGCCCUAGGGCUUAGCCAAUUAUGAACAGCAAUGUAUUUAUU